GCUCAUAUUCGUGCAGCCUUCCUUCUCUAUGGGAAUUUCUUUGUAUUCUCAGUGUUUCUUCUGCUUCAUCUUCAUACUUUCAAUGUUUUGCAUAACUAAUUGUUUCAUUCCAAAUGCUUACAGCCAAUGCCUGCAGGAUCAAAGAAGUUUGUUGCUUCAACUGAGGAAUGAUCUUAGAAUCGAUAGCACUCAAUCAUUAAAACUGGUGCUCUGGAAUCAGACUCAAGAUUGUUGCAACUGGGACGGUGUGGAAUGUGAUGGUGCCGGGCAUGUGAUCAGUUUGCAGCUCGAUUGGGAGGGAAUUUCGGGUGGGAUUCAUAAUAUGUCAAGUCUUUUUGCCCUUAGAUACCUGGAGAAGCUAAACUUGGCUAAGAAUGACUUUGGAGGUCAGAUUCCAGGUGGGAUUAUCAACCUCAAACAUUUGACGUAUUUGAAUUUAUCAGGUGCUGGUUUUGGUGGACAGGUUCCAAUUGAAGUUUCACUAAUGAGGAGAUUGGUCACUCUCGAUCUCUCAUACAACGGUCUAGAAAUUGAGAAUCCGAAUUUGAAGAUGCUUCUUCAGAAUCUAACCGGGCUAAGAGAGCUUUAUCUCGAUGGCGUGCAUAUGUCGUCAGCAGUUCUUAAUUUCUUUGCUAACUUCUCACAUCUGACUACCUUGUCUUUCAGUGACUGUGAUUUAAGAGGCUCAUUCCCUUAUAUGAUCUUCCAAAUACCUACCCUAGAGAAUCUUGAUUUAUCCGAAAAUGAGUUACUCACUGGCUCCAUACCACAAUUUCAUCGAAAUGCAUCUCUUAGGACUAUGUUGCUUCUUCAUACUAACUUCUCAGGCCCAUUACCAAAUUCUAUUGGUAAUCUUAGCAUGUUAUCAAAAAUAAGUAUGCACCGUUGCAGCUUCACUGGACCUAUUCCAUCCACGAUUUUUACCCUAACUGGGCUAAUUCAUGUGGACUUAUCCAGGAACUUCUUCACCGGUUCAAUCCCAUCAUUUUACAUGUCCAAGAACCUUCAAUUUGUAGACCUUAGUCAUAAUUCACUUAGUGGGAGCAUUCCCAAGUCUCUCUUUAGUCUUCCUUCACUACAAACACUUAAACUUUCCAACAACCAGUUAGCCUUAGCUUCUUGUAAGCUACAUAAUUUUUCUGAUCUUACAAACCAACACAGGCUGGAGUUGUUGGACCUCUCAAACAACCGGAUAAUUGGGGAGGUACCAAAUUGGAUUUGGGAAAUUGGAAAUGGAACACUUGCCUAUUUGGAUCUUUCAUCGAAUCUAUUGGUUAGUCUGCAGAAGCCAUAUCACUUUCCUAGUUCACUUAGAUAUCUGGACUUACACUCAAACCUACUCCAGGGUGAGUUGCCCCCUCUACCCCAAGAUGCUAACUAUAUAGAUUACUUGUCUCUUGCAAACAAUAGCCUAAGUGGAGCUAUUCCGAAAUCCUUUUGCAAUGCUACUCAACUUUUAGUUCUUGACUUGUCUACUAAUAAAUUGAGUGGGAGCAUAUCGCCUUGUUUGGUGGAAAAAGUUGAGAAACUUGCGGUGUUGAAUCUUUGGGGGAACAACAUCAGUGGCUAUAUACCGGAUACAUUUUCUGUCAAUUGUCGUCUACAAAUUUUGGAUAUGAGUAUGAACUAUUUAGAAGGGAGGCUCCCAAUGUCCCUGGCCAAUUGCAAAUGGUUACAGGUCUUGGAUGUCGGAAACAACAACAUCAAUGAUGGUUUCCCAUGCAUGCUGCCAUCUAGCUUGCGUAUCCUCAUCUUACGCUCCAACAGAUUCCAUGGACAAGUGAGAUGUAGCAGAAGCUGGACAGAUCUCCAAAUCAUUGAUAUCGGUUCUAACAAUUUUACUGGUUAUCUGUACACAAAGAGCUUCUGGGGAAUGAUGCUAGAAAAGGAUGCGCGCCUAGAAAGUGAAAAUAACCUGGGGAUUUCGAGUGGUUUUGAAUACAACCUGGGGAUGCACGACAAAACGUUUGGAUUUGGUUUUGAAUACAAUUUGGGCACAAAUCUGGGCACAGUGAAGAUUUUGACAAUCUUUACAGUUAUUGAUUUCUCUUGCAAUAAUUUCCAAGGGGAGAUACCAGAUGCAAUCGGUGAUCUUAGAUCUCUUCUCGUUCUCAACUUAUCCCACAAUACUUUUGUAGGAACAAUUCCAAAAUCACUGGGUAAGUUGACGUAUAUUGAGUCAGUCGACCUCUCAACCAACCAGCUAACAGGGGAAAUACCAAAAGAGCUUACACGCCUCACAUUCCUUGCAAUCUUGAAUCUAUCCCACAAUCAGUUGAUCGGGCCAAUCCCAAGCGGCCCUCAGUUUCGAACAUUUUCAACAGAUUCCUUCCAAGGAAACAUAGGGCUAUGUGGUUUCCCUCUCAACAUAAGUUGCAGGCAUGCAGGCGAAGACGACAACGUGCCACCGCCUAAUCCACAUCAAAAGGACGAGGCCAUCAAUUGGGAUUAUGUAUCUGUUGCACUUGGGUAUGUUGUUGGCUUAGGAAGCAUUCUCUGGCUGUUUUUCUUUAGUCGAAGCUUCAAAUACAAGUUCAAUGAUCAGACUGAGCAAACAUUUCAAAAGAUAUUUAACUCCAAAGACAGGAAAAUAGUACAUAGAGGAAGAACAAAUAGAAGACGCCAAUGCUGAAACUAUACAUCAGAGUAAGGAAAUUAGCCAUAAAUGUUAUGUAUGAUAUUCA